GGUCAUCAGCGCCAUGCUCUCCCCUGCUCUCUAGCCCUCGGGGUGCCUGUCCCGCAUGGCGGGCUCAGGACCAGAGGCCCGGCGGCGGCCCCUGAAGAUCAGCAUGCAGGAGCACAUGGCCAUCGACGUGAGCCCCGGCCCCAUCCGGCCCAUCCACCUCAUCUCCGGCUACUUCCCGCAUUUCUACCCCCUUGGGAGGCGGCCCCCGCACGCUCCCACCCUGCAGCUGGCCAGGGACACUGCCGCCCUGUCCCUGUCGCAGCCCAAGCCAGAGCCUGAGGGAGAUUCGGACGACGGCACCGCCCUGGGCACGCUGGAGUUCACGCUUCUGUUUGACGCUGACAACAGUGCCCUGCACUGCACCAUGCACCGAGCCAAGGGACUCAAGCCGCUGACCUCGGGCUCUGUGGACACCUACGUCAAGGCCAAUCUGCUCCCUGGGGCCAGCAAGGCCAGCCAGCUGAGGACCCGCACAGUGCAUGGCUCCGGGGAUGCCAUUUGGGAAGAGACGCUCACCUACCAUGGUUUCACCUGCCAGGACGCAGGACGCAAGACAUUGCGACUGUGCGUGUGUGAGGACUCGAGGCGGCGGCGGCGGGCACCCCCCCUGGGAGAGCUGCGUGUGCCCCUGAAGAAGCUGGUGCCCGACCGAGCCAGGAGCUUCGACGUCUGUCUGGAGAAGCGGAGGCUGACCAAGCGGCCCAAGAGCCUGGACAUGGCACGUGGCAUGUCCCUGUACGAGGAGGUGGACGUGGAGGCCCCUGGCGAGGAACGGGGCCGCGUGUUGCUGUCCCUGUGCUACAGCUCUCGGCGGGGGGGCCUGCUCGUGGGGGUGCUCCGCUGCGCCCACCUCGCCCCCAUGGAUGCCAACGGCUACUCAGACCCAUUCGUCCGCCUGCUCCUGCGCCCCAACGUGGGGAAGAAAGCCAAGUACAAGACCAGCGUGCGGAAGAAGACCCUGAACCCUGAGUUCAAUGAGGAGUUCUUCUAUGCGGGCCCCAGGGAGGAGCUGGCCCAGAAGGUGCUGCUGGUGUCCGUGUGGGACUAUGACCUGGGCACGGCUAAUGACUUCAUCGGUGAGGAGAGGGGUGGGGGCUCCCGAGAUCCAGACCGUGGCCGUCUCAGGAGGGUGGGGGAUGAGCCCAGGGACCCCGUGAUCCCGACCACUGCUGUCCCAGGCGGGGUGCAGCUGAGCAGCAGGGCUGGCGGGGAGCAGCAGCGGCACUGGCGCGAGUGUCUGGGCCACAGUGACCGGCGUCUGGAGCUGUGGCACCCACUGGAUGGUGCCCCCAUCCCACUUAGCGACUAGCACCCCCAGGUCCGUGCCAAACCCGAGCUUGAAUCCCCCUCACCCAUUGUCCAAUUCAGCCUGAUCCUGAGCAAUAAACGCCUCAACAGA